AUGUGCCGCGUGGGCGCGCUGCUGCUGCUGGCGGCGCUGGUGGCGUGUGAGGGCGCCGCGGGCCAGGGCCCGGACGCGGGCGAGCAGCGGGCCCCGGCCGACGCCGCCGCCUUCCUGCGCAUGCGCGCUGCUGGCGGCGACGGCGACGGCAAGGAUGCGCUGCUGGAGAAGCGCGCGCCGCUGCUCGGCUUCCACGGCGUGCGCGGCAAGAAGGACGACCUGGACGAGCUGGACAAGCGCGCCCCCUCGCUCGGCUUCCACGGCGUGCGCGGCAAGAAGGACGACGCCGACGAUGACGACGGCUUCGACAAGAGAGCGCCCAUGCGCGGCUUCCAGGGUGUCCGCGGCAAGAAAGACGAGGCAGACGCGGAGGACGCAGAGCUGGGAGACGGCGCCGACUACCUGCAGCUGGCGGGCCUGCCCUACAGGGAGGACUACGACGCCAACGCCGACGGCGACGCCGACGCCGACGAGCUGCAGCUGGACGACCCUUGGCUGCGCGAUGAGAAGCGCGCCCUCAAGGGCUUCUUCGGCACGCGAGGCAAGAAGGCCCCACAGGCCGGCUUCUACGGCGUGCGCGGCAAGAAAGGGCCCUCGGGAUUCUACGGCGUGCGAGGCAAGAAGGCCCCCCUCUCCGGCUUCUACGGCGUGCGCGGCAAGAAGGCGCCCUCGCUCGGAUUCCACGGAGUACGAGGCAAGAAAGACGACGGGGCUUCCCCUCCUGACCUGGACUCUCUGCUGUACUACCUGAACGAGGCCAGCGAGGCAACUCGCCAGAAGAGGGGCAACACCAAGAAGGCGCCCGUCGGCUUCUACGGCACCCGCGGCAAGAAGUCCUGGGCUCCGGACGGUGGAGCGGCAUCCUCGAGCGAUUCCAUCGCCUCAUCUCUCAUCAAUAGUCAAUAGGAAGUUCUCACAGCAAUGAUGAAUCACUUAGUGCCAUCCACAAUGUCACAAGUCCUCCAGACAUCCUCAGAAACCAACGUUAACUAGUGCAUGAAACCAUACAGUAAUAAAGAAGAUAACUUUAAUGCUUCUAUCCAGUGGCCUGUUGUAGAUUAGUGAUUUGUCAUUGAGAGAUAAGUAUUACAAGAUUAUGUAGGCUGCCGUGUCCUGUAGUGUCAUAUUUUGUACUGACGCUAAGUCUGAUAUUGGCCACGUCUCUCUUCUUUUUUUAGGUGUGGACAUUUCGUCAAAAAAUAUUUAUUUUAUUUCAUCUACGAUACAUGUUCCCUAAGAAAAUCUUGAGUUACGCUUGUAGAUUCUGUACAAAGAAUGAAAUCGCACCAUUACAAUAAAAAUUCUUAAAACUAUACAGAAGUAGAUACUUUUGGCGUCCAUAAACGUUUUAACUACUCAUUCAAUUACAGUACUUUAUAUAGUCUCUAGUUUUUAAAUUUGUAUUUGUCUAAGACUUUGCUGCGGCCUCGUUUUAUAUGUAAUAUUAUAUAGAAAUUAUUGUAUUCUUAAGCGUUCUCCCUGGUCCCUGUAUAAUUUUUCAGAGCGAUUACAACGCCUCAAGCUCAAAAUAUUUUUGGCCAUAUAUUAUGCUGUUAUGAAUAAGUUCAUAAUAAAGGAAGCGUUAUCUGGAUUAGAUGUGGUGGUGAAUGGUGCGUAAAUAUAAGAUUAUUACGUUAUAUUGUUGCUUUCGUAGUUAUCAUUUUUGUUGGCAUAUCUGGAAAAUACGAAUGAAAAACUAUUUUAAAAUGUAAAAUUACACUACAUAUCAAUAAAAGGGCAAUACAAAUGAUAA